AUGGGGACUGAUAACAGCACUUUCAAUGCAACUCAGUCACCUGAACAGGAUGCAGCUUCCACACACAUACAAACGACCUCCAUUGUCAUCUAUUGUGUGAUAUUUAUAGCUGGAACUCUGGGCAAUGGCCUGGUUAUCUACGUGGCGGGAUUCAAAAUGCAGAAAACAGUCGACUCGGUUUGGUUUCACAACCUGGCCAUAGCUGACUUCCUCUUCACGGCCUUCCUUAUUUUCUCGAUCAUUUCUCUCUCUCAGAGUCACCAAUGGCCUUUUGGAGCAUUCAUGUGCAAGCUCAACACCUUUGUGAGUGUAGUCAACAUGUUUGUCAGCAUCUUUACUCUGACAGCCAUGAGUUUGGAUCGUUGUUUGUGUAUCUGGGUGGUGGUGUGGGCACACAACAAACGCACAGUCAGCAAAGCUCAGCUUAUAUCAGCUGGGAUCUGGGUGAUCGCUGGCGUCUUCAGCACUCCUUAUGCCACUUUUCGCACUGCAUCAGUGGGGAGCAGAGGGGAAAGUUCCUGUGGUUAUUCUGCAACAAUCAAAGAACACAAAUUGACUCUCGACAUUUUUCGCUUUGUUAUGGGCUUUGUGAUCCCAUUCCUGAUAAUAGUGAUCUCUUAUGUGUCCAUUGGUAUCCGUGCAAUGCGCAUGCCGAGAACAAGGAGACGCAGAUCUCGCCGGGUCAUUUUCUCCAUCAUUUUUGCAUUCUUCAUCUGUUGGUUGCCUUUCCACAUUUUCAAUUUCAUAGAAUUGAAGUUUAGUACUAACUUAGAGCUGCAGGGGAUUGUUAGAAUGUAUGGUCCUCUGACUGUGAGUCUGGCUUUUCUGAACAGCUGUUUGAACCCCAUCCUCUAUGUUUUCAUGUGUGAAGAAUUCCAGAAGAAAUUUCGACAGUCCAUUUGUUUUGUACUCGAGAGUGCACUGGCAGAAGACCAUUUGUCAUUUCUGUCCACCCGCUCCAUGUCAUCAACCUUCUCAAAAGCUUCCCAAAAGUCAAACACUGCUGCCACUUUAGAUCGGAUCGACCCAGCCAUUUAUGAAAACAUCCCAGAAAGCACAGUAAUCAUCACUGAGGGGAUUCCUAGAACUGAAGAAGAGUGCACCACCAGACAAUGA